AUGCCGUCACAGGAGCCUCGCUCAUCGGAGAACAUCUCCGCUAUCACAUCGCAAGGGCCAACACGAUAUCACGAGAGGCGAAAUGACGAUGAACCAAACCAACAUCGGCUAGAGACAGCUCUGAAUGUUACUGGAAAAGACAAGGGCAGCACCGAGGCUUCAAGUGCGGAAUCAUCGGUCCAGAGCCCGCCGUCCUCUAGCAAAGAAUGUGUCAUUAAGCGGUUUUGGAGCAAACAAGUCAGCGUAGUAGUGGAGUUUGAGACUUGCCGCGACCACCUAGGUUCGGAAAACCCCUUCCGCAUCUUCAUAGCUCUGCUACUCCGUCCCGAUCAUACGGGAAGAUGGUGGGAUGUUACUGUUCCAGAUCUUUUUGCACCGGAUGAUCAGUCAAGCAGCAGUCUGCACGGUUUAGUGACCCCCGACACCUCUCUACUAUGCGUCCAGAAUUCCCUUGAGAUUGUCAUUCCUGAUCGUCCCAUUCAUCCCGAAAGUUUCUUUCCUCGAUACCAGGACAGCAGACCCUGA